ACGGCAGUGAGCACAUGUCGGCCGCUGGAAAGAGCUGGAUUCUCGUUUCAGGCCAUUAUCAGAAAAGCUAAGUUUGCUGUAUAGUAAGGAUCAGAAGAUCUGAUCCUGAUUACAGAAUCUUGGGUUGUGACUCCCCCCCUCAUCCUUCCAGACCAUCCCAGAAGAUAUAUAAGAGUGCAUCUGAAAAAACACUAGGAGUUCCUGGAAGAGCAAGAAGGAAGAGGAUUAUUGGUUGAAAUAAAAACAGGGUUGAAUGAGUUCCAGAAAGCAGGGUUCUCAAACUCGUGGACAACAAUCUGCAGAAGAAGACAACUUCAAAAAACCAACUAGAAGCAACAUGCAGAGAAGCAAGAUGAGAAGGGCCUCCUCGGGAAAGAAGACGGCUGGUCCACAGCAGAAGAAUCUGGAUCCAGCCCUCCCAGGCAGAGGAGGGGGGCGCUCUGCUGAGAACCCCCCUUCAGGAUCUGUGAGGAAGACAAGAAAGAACAAACAGAAGACUCCUGGAAACGGAGAUGGUGGCAGCCCCAGUGAAGCCCCUCAGCCACCUCGGAAGAAAAGGGCCGGGGCCGACCCCACUGUUGAAAGCGAGGAGGCGUUUAAGAAUAGAAUGGAAGUUAAAGUGAAGAUUCCUGAAGAAUUAAAGCCAUGGCUUGUUGAGGACUGGGAUUUAGUUACCAGGCAGAAGCAGCUGUUCCAACUGCCUGUGAAGAAAAAUGUAGAUACCGUUCUGGAGGAGUAUGCAGAUUGCAAGAAGUCGCAAGGUAAUGUCGACAACAAGAAGUAUGCAGUGAACGAAGUGGUGGCGAGCAUAAAGGAAUACUUCAACGUGAUGCUGGGCAGUCAGCUGCUCUACAAGUUUGAGAGGCCCCAGUACACCGAAAUCCUCUUGGCUCACCCGGAUGCGCCCAUGUCCCAGGUUUAUGGAGCGCCACACCUACUGAGAUUAUUUGUAAGAAUUGGAGCGAUGUUGGCAUACACGCCCCUUGAUGAGAAGAGCCUUGCAUUACUGUUGGGCUACUUGCAUGAUUUCCUAAAGUAUCUGGCAAAGAAUGCUGCAUCUCUGUUUACUGCCAGUGAUUACAAAGUGGCCUCAGCCGAGUACCACCGCAAAGCCCUGUGAGGGUCUACUGACCACUCACUGUUAUGUCUGGUAUCAGUAAACACUUUUUGUUCUUAGUCUUUUUCCUGUAUGAUUGAUGUUCUUUCCAAUUGUUAAUGUACAACAGGGCUUAUGUUUCAGUUGUUUUCUGUUUUGUUCUAAACAGAAAAUGAAAGGAGUGCGAGCUCCUUUUCUCAUUUCAGAGUUGCUACCAGUGUAUGCAGUAAUUAGACAAAGAAACAUUCAGUAGAACAUUUUCUUGCCUAGUUGACAACAUUGCUUGAAUGCUGGUGGUUCUAUCCCUUUGACACUACACAAUUUUCUAAUUCUGUGUUAAUG